CAAAGGCUGAUCUUUGAACUUGAGAGAUUUAGAGAUGAAAAAUAACGAGACAAAAGAAAGAUGGAUUCAGCACUACAGUAGUUCCCAUAAGAUAUUGCUAGUAGGUGAAGGAGAUUUUUCAUUUUCUGCUUGUUUAGCCAAAGCCUUUGGCAGUGCUGCAAACAUGGUGGCAACAUGUCUUCAUACUGAAGCGAUGUUGUGGGUGAGACAUUGGACAAGCACAGCACAUCUUCAGGAAUUGAAAAGAUUGAGAGGCCUUGUUUUGUAUCAAGUUGAUGUCCACAACAUGAACGAGCAUCCAUACCUGAAGUACAUGAAAUUUGAUGUCAUACUAUUUAACUUUCCCCACGCAGGGCAUUAUCGAUGGUUACGUGAAAGAGACUCCAUCCUUAUUCGGAUGCACCAAGAUCUGAUUGCAGCUUACUUCAAAACAGCCAAAGAAAUGCUGCUAGAAGAAGGUGAAAUUCAUGUAACCGUUAGGGAUGAUUAUCCCUACAAUAGAUGGGAAGUUGAGAAGCUAGCAGAAUGUGCAGGUUUACAACUGAAAGACAAAGUUGAAUUUAGAAAAGAGAACUAUCCGGGGUACCAAAACAAGAGAGGAGGCAACAUAAAUUGUAACCAAAGAUUUCCACUGAAAGCAUGUUACACUUACAAAUUCACUUUGAAAGUGAGUGCUUUGGAGAAUAGUGAUGGCAGCGAAGUGUAUGAGAGUGCCAGCACUGAAAUCACCAGUAUUAUAACCACAGUGGAGGAUCUACAAAUUUGAGGGCAUAUUUAGGUUAUUGCUAAUAAAAGGAUGGUUAAUUUCUGGAAAUCCUGUGUGGCUAUUGGCCAUAUCAUAGACUCUGCAUCCGUACACUGAUGUUAUGGUGGAAUAUGUAAAUUGGUAUUGGAAAACUUAAUUAAUUGUCCAAAAAGAAAGGAAGAAGAUUUUCAUGUAU